AUGGUCUCCCGAAAGAAGCGAUCUCACAAGGAUGACGCGCAGGAGCAACUUGCGCGUCCAUGGUGCUACUAUUGCGAACGAGACUUCGACGAUGUCAAGAUAUUGCAUUCCCAUCAGAAAGCUAAGCAUUUCAAAUGCGAACGGUGUAGGAAGCCCUUGAAUACGGCCGGAGGUCUGGCGGUGCAUAUGACACAAGUUCACAAGGAGACACUCAAAGAAGUGAAAAAUGCUAUUCCAGGACGUGAGUCCACUGAUAUCGAAAUCUUUGGUAUGGAAGGAAUACCUGAGGAUAUCUUACAGACACACCAGACCCGAGUCCUGGCCCAGAUACAUCAGAAGGAAACUGAACGUCGUGCUGCUCAGGGUUUACCCCCACUUGGCCAGGAAGGAAACGCGAAGAAGAAGAUCAAGGUCGAUUCCGUAGAUCCGGAAGAGAUCAUGAAGAGACUAGCAGCCCACAAAGCGGCACAAGCAGGGUCGGCAAAUGGAGCAUCACAAGCGACCGGUAGCCAGAGCCCCAUGAGCACACAUGAUACCGGUGGAAAUGCCAGUCCGGCUCCACCUCCAUCUGUUAUGAGUCCUGGAUUUCCUCCAAAUGCAUAUGUUGCGCCACCUUCUGCUAGCCCUCAACCAUUCCAGCAGCCACCGCAACAAUAUGGAAUGCCGCCAGCACCCCAGUUUCCAGCUGGACAGGCUCCGUUUGGACAGCCGAAUCAGCCACCACCGUUCUAUCCCCCUCCAGGACAACAGGGUUUUAAUCCACCUCCUGUUCAACCAUAUCCUGCUUUUCCCCCACAGCAGCAGCCCCCACAGCCUGCUUACGGUGGAUAUCAAGCCCCGCCAGCCCAGGCUCAACCACCAUAUGGAGGAUAUCCGCCAACACAGCCCCCUCAAGCAUAUCCUCCUGCUCAACCUGCUUAUCAUGCACCUCAAACUCAACCUCCCUUCCAUCAGCCGCUGCCAUCUGUACCACAAUCCCAGCCCACUACAAUUGCUCCACCACAGAACAUUCCAGGUCUGCCAGCCAGGCCUAACAUUCCCGGUCUUCCACCAAGACCAAAGUUCUCCACUCCACCUGCUGCUCCCGGGGGUGCUUAUCACCAGCCUCCUCCGAAUCCUCAGCCGUCUUAUCCAGGUGGCCCACCACAACCACAGAAUCGUAACACAAAUACAUCGCCACCUUCGACUCAAUUUUUCCCACCACCAAUUCCAAGUGCCUACCAAGCUACUCCACCAAAGCCGUUUAUUCCACCACCAGUGGGAGCCCAACAACAGCCCAUUGUUAGCAACGGUGAAGUGAUCAUCAAUGGAGACGGGCAGGUUAUUCUUAGUGGCGGGAAAGACUGGACUGGGAAUCCUAUUCCCCAAGCUGUGGUUCCUAAAGGUGAGGCUAAGGCAGAUAACGUACCCGAGCUGAAGGAAGAGAAAAAGAAGGAUGAAAAAGAGGCCACAAAAGCCACCGAAGAUACCGGCAGAAGAAGGGAUAAGGAUACUAAGAUGGUGUAUUCGGAUAACGAGUAUAGCCCAGAAGAAAAACGGGCCGCACUUGGAAAAUACGCUGCAUUUGGCGUUCGAAUCCUACCGUCUGGGACAGAUACAGAAAUGACAAGCAGCUAA